AUGGAUCGCAUUAAGGAGGUUAUCAAUAGCAAAAUGAUUGACUUUCGCAAAAAAUUGAGAGAAAAGAUACUGCAGUCGCUUCACCUGUCGAAGGAGCAAAGAAAUGAGCUUGUAGAAAGACUGAAGAUGUUGAAAAGAAAAACUAUUGAUAAAGUUCUACCGACAGGAGACUCAAUUGAGGAGAUCAACGUAUGGAGCAAAAUUGCAGACAACACUAUUCCAGGGAGAUAUAGUUCUCACAAAGGAACAACAAAAACAAGUUAUCGCAGACAUUCUCGGCACCCGUUCUAA